AUGUCUGAAGGAACCUUGCAGGGUCGAGAUGAUGGAGAAUUCGAUCUUGACCUCUUCUUCUUUGGUAUGUUGGACAUUUUCUGUGUUCACUGACCCCUUUUCAAUGCCCUGGCUGAGGGAAGGCCCAAGAUUUGACGUAUCACGCGCUAGUCUUGUGUAGUCUAAUAACCCAGCUAUAUUGUUACUAUAUCACAUCGGCUGUAUUCUAACCCUAGAAUGAUGGAAUCAUGGAAGGAUCUUGAGAUGGUGAAUAUGAGCUUACUUUUGCACACAGCCUGGGAAUUGAUACUGUUUUCUCUUGUGAAUUCUGAAUAUAAUAAAUGCUCUUUGGCUGUUUAUAUGACUAUCUAGGGUAGAUAUUGGUUGAAUUGCUCUGUGGAUAAUGUUUCCAGUGCUUAUGUCUUCAAUAAUGUCACUUCUGGCUUUUAUGUCCAGCCUGCGGAGGUGCAGAAGACGUGGGGAAAGUUCACAAAUGACGCCAUGGUGCAGGAGAUGCGGGAAAGGUUCAAAACUGACGCCAUAGUGCAGGAGAUGUGGGGAAGGGUCAGAAAUGACACAGUGGUGCAGGAGAUAUUGAGGAAGGCUCAGAAAUAACACCAUAGUCAAACUGGGAGUCACCAUUAGUAUCACACCUAUAUGAGCAUAAACAGUGAGGGGAAAAAGUAUUUGAUUAGUUUGUCCACUGACAAAGAAAGGGUCAGUCUAUAAUUUUAAUGGUAGGUGUAUUUUAACAGUAUAUACAUACAAUAUGAGGUGGAGUAUCUUCUUGUUUAAAAUAGAUAUUAAAAUAACCUAGAGAUUAAACAAAAAAGGACACAUAAUAGUGCAAUAUUGUCUAAAUCUCCUAUAAAUUACAGGGAAGUAUGUGGGAAUAAACUCACAAAGCAGGAGCCUGUAGAGUAAGGCUCAACCUUCCAGCGUUGUGGGAUUUAGGUUCCCACUCCCUUCUUUAUACUGCUAGGAGGUGAUGAAUAAUGGGAUGUCCUCUCACAGGUAGGUAUAAAUGGUGAAAAGUGCUUUAUUAAUAAAGUGCACAAGUAAAAUAUAAAAACAAAACCUUACAGUUGAAGGUAAUCUUGUAGAGAUAGUCUCUGGUAGCAAAACGCGUUUCACCUCAUGUAGAGGCUUCCUCAGUUGCUGUAGAUACUUGCUGUGAAUGUUCUUUAUUUGUAGUUUAAAUUUCGCGCCCUUUUUCUGGCUUAAUUGUUCGAUCGCGGUAUUUUCACUUCCGCGUUCCACAAGUGGAACGCAUUGGUUCAGUAACUUCCGGUUUCGGCAUUUGCGUUCCAACAGUGGAACGCAUGCGUUUCAAUUCCUGUUUUCAUGUAUAGGGAUGUGUCUCUGCGUUCCACUGUGUUUAAUUCUUUAAUGGCGAACAAUUAAGCCAGAAAAAGGGCGCGAAAUUUAAACUACAAAUAAAGAACAUUCACAGCAAGUAUCUACAGCAACUGAGGAAGCCUCUACAUGAGGUGAAACGCGUUUUGCUACCAGAGACUAUCUCUACAAGAUUACCUUCAACUGUAAGGUUUUGUUUUUAUAUUUUACUUGUGCACUUUAUUAAUAAAGCACUUUUCACCAUUUAUACCUACCUGUGAGAGGACAUCCCAUUAUUCAUCACCUCCUAGCAGUAUAAAGAAGGGAGUGGGAACCUAAAUCCCACAACGCUGGAAGGUUGAGCCUUACUCUACAGGCUCCUGCUUUGUGAGUUUAUUCCCACAUACUUCCCUGUAAUUUAUAGGAGAUUUAGACAAUAUUGCACUAUUAUGUGUCCUUUUUUGUUUUAUCUCUAGGUUAUUUUAAUAUCUAUUUUAAACAAGAAGAUACUCCACCUCACAUUGUAUGUACAUUCUGUUUGUUGUGAGGGCGAAGGGUACUCACUAAGGUGUAUGAAAAUCUCUUGGUUUAUUUCAGUACAUGUGUGUCCCACUGGCAAUACUGUAUUUCUCUGUGUUUCUGUAUUUUAACAGUAAGAGACAGAAUAACAAAAAAAAUCCAGAAAAAUGCAUGUCGAAAAAAUUAUUAUAAAAUUGAUUUCCAUAUCAAUAAGUGAAAUAAGUAUUUGACCCCUUCGACUUAGUACUUGGUGGCAAAACCCUUGUUGGCAAUCACAGAGGUCAGACGUUUCUUGUAGUUGGUCACCAGGUUUGCACACAUCUCAGGAGGGAUUUUGUCCCACUCCUCUUUGCAGAUCCUCUCCAAGCCAUUAAGGUUUUGAGGCUGACGUUUGGCAACUUGAACCUUCAGCUCCCUCCACUGAUUUUCUAUGGAAUUAAGGUCUGGAGACUAGCUAGGCCACUGCAGGACCUUAAUGUGCUUCUUCUUGAGCCACUCUUUUGUUGCCUUGGCUGUGUGUUUUGGGUCAUUUUCAUGCUGUAAUACCCAUCCAUGACCCAUUUUCAAUGCCCUGGCUUAGGGAAGGCCCAAGAUUUGACGUACAUUGCCCCAUCCAUUGUUCCUUUGAUGUGGUGCAGUUGUCCUGUCCCCUUAGCAGAAAACCACCACCAAAGCAUAAUGUUUACACCUCCAUGUGUGAUGGUGGGGAUGGUGUUCUUGAGGUCAUAGGCAGCAUUCCUCCUCCUUCAAACAUGGCAAGUUGGGUUGAUGCCAGAGAGCUCGAUUUUGAUCUCAUCUGACCACAACACUUUCACCCAGUUCUCUGAAUCAUUCAGGUGUUCAUUGGCAAAUUUCAUACCGGCCUGUAUAUGUGCUUUUUUGAGCAGGGGGACCUUGUGGGUGCUGCAGGAUUUCAGUCCUUCAUGCCGUAGUGUGUUGCCAAUUGUUUGCUUGGUGACUAUGGUCCCAGCUGCCUUGAGAUGAUUAACAAGAUCCUCCCGUGUAGUUCUGGGCUGAUUCCUCACCAGUCUCAUGAUCAUUGAAACUCCACGAGGUGAGAUCUUGCAUGGAGCACCAGACCGAGGGAGACUGACAGUUAUUUUGUGUUUCUUCCAUUUGCGAAUAAUCACACCAACUGUUAUCCCCUUCUCAUCAAGCUGCUUGGCGAUGGUCUUGUAGCCCAUUCCAGCCUUGUGUAGUUCUACAAUCUUGUCCCUGACAUCCUUGGACAGCUCUUGACCAUGGUGGAGAGUUUGAAAUCUCAUUGAUUGCUUCUGUGUCCUUGAUACAGGUAACAAGCUGAGAUUAGGAGCACUCCCUUUAACCCCUUAACGCCGUUACGGCGUUCUAUGCCGUCCCGCAUUAAAAGGGCUUUAAAGCCGUUGCGGCGACAUAGAACGCCGUAACGGCUUGCAGCCCCUGGAGGUCCGGUGGACUUGCCUCCGCCUGGCAGCCCUCCCCCGGCAAAUGAGGCCCCCAGGGGCCAUGUGAUCGCUCUCAAAGAACGAUCACAUGGCCCCCUAUAGCUGGCUGUGGAUCUGCCAGCAGGGGGACUGUCUGAAAUGUCAGACAGUCCCCCUGCUGGUGGGAAAGUAAAAAAAAAAGAAUUAAACAUGUAAAAUUAAAAUAUAAAUGUAUUUUUAUAUAUACAUAAUAUAUGUAUAUCUAAUAUAAAUAUAUAUAUAUGUGUGUGUGUGUAUAUAUAUAUAUAUAUAUAUAUAUAUAUAUAUAUAUAUAUAUAUAUAUAUAUAUAUAUAUAUAACGUCAUACAAAGUGUAUUUUAAUAUUAGUACAUAUAUUAGUUUUCAAAAAUACUAGUUUUAAAACACUAAUAUUUGUGUUUAGUGAAGUCUCCCGAGAAUAACAGUACCCCCCAUGUACAGGUUUUAUGGUGUUUUGGAAAGUUAGAGAGUCACAUGUAAGACUUGCAUUUCAUUUUUUUGACAUUUAAAUUUGCCAGAUUGGUUAUGUUGCCUUUGAGAGCGUAUGGUAGCCCAGGAAUUAGAAUUACCCCCAUGAGGGCAUAUUAUUUGCAAAAGUAGACAACCCAAGGUAUUGCAAGUGGGGUAUGUCCAAUCUUUCUUAGUAGCCACUUAGUCACAAACACUGGCCAAAUAUUAGUUUUUUGCUUUUUUCACACAAAAACAAAUAUGAACGCUAACGUUGGCCAGUGUUUGUGACUAAGUGGCUACUAAAAAGACUAAACAUACCUCACUUUCAAUACCUUGGGUUGUCUACUUUUUCAAAUGGUAUGCCAUUAUGGGGGUAAUUCUCAUUCCUGGGCUACCAUACCAUCUCAAAGGUAACAUUACUAAUCUGGCAAAUUUCAAUUUGAAAAUGGAACAUUCUAUAUUUGACCCUGUAACUUUCCAAAACACCAUAAAACCUGUUAAUGAGGGGUACUGUUGUACUCGUGAGACAUCGCUGAUUACAAAUAUGUGCAAUUUUUUGCAGUAAAACCUAACAGUAUUAUGACAUUCACAGCUAAAAUGUCAGACGGAAAUACAAAUUAAAAAAAAUCAUAUUAUAUUUUUACAUUUUUUUUAAAUUUUAUUCAUAAUAAAUUAUGUUCCAUAUAUGAAUAGUUAAUGAUAAAUUAAAGCCCUGUUUCUCCUGAAUAAAAUGAUAUAUAAUAAGUGUGGGUGCAUUUAAUAUGAAAGAUGUGAAUUACGGUUGGACAGACAUAUAGCGCAAAUUCCACUUUUUGUUUUGAUCAGAACGUGCACUAUUGACUCCGUCCUGAAGGGGUUAAGAGACUGCUCCUAAUCUCAGCUCGUUACCUGUAUAAAAGACACCUGGCAGCCAGAAAUAUUGCUGAUUGAUAGGGGAUCAAAUACUUAUUUCACUCAUUGACAUGCAAAUCAAUUUAUAACUUUUUUGACAUGCGUUUUUCUGGAUUUUUUCUUUUUUCUUUUUUUUUAUUCAGUCUCUCACAGUAAAAAUACACCUACCAUUACAAUUAUAGACUGAUCAUUUCUUUGUCAGUGGACAAACUUUCAAAAUCAGCAGGGGAUGAAAUACUUUUUUCCUUCACUGUAAAUAUAUACAAAUGAAAACCACUCCGACCACAGUUUUAGAUAUAGCCCCAAUGACAAAAAGUCUUAUUAAAUGCAUGCAUGUUUUCAUUGGGCGCAUAUUAAGGGGUCGGCCCUGUGUAUAGUGACCUGCUGGAUAGUUAAGGGGUCGGCCCUGUGUGUAGUGACCUGCUGGAUGGUUAAGGGGUCGGCCCUGUGUGUAGUGACCUGCUGGAUAGUUAAGGGGUCGGCCCUGUGUGUAGUGACCUGCUGGAUAGUUAAGGGGUCGGCCCUGUGUGUAGUGACCUAUGAUGGGUUAAGGAGCCAGCCCUGUGUAUAGUGGAUGGUUAAGGGAUCGGCCCUGUGUAUAGUGACCUGCUGAAUAGUUAAGGGGUCGGCCCUGUGUGUAGUGACCUGCUGAUGGGUUAAGGGGUCGGCCCUGUGUAUAGUGACCUGCUGAUGGGUUAAGGGGUCGUCCCUGUGUAUAGUGACCUGCUGAUGGGUUAAGGGGUCGGCCCUGUGUGUAGUGACCUGCUGGAUGGUUAAGGGGUCGGCCCUGUGUAUAGUGACCUGCUGGAUGGUUAAGGGAUCCGCCCUGUGUAUAGUGACCUGCUGGCUGGUUAAGGAGCCAGCCCUGUGUAUAGUGGAUGGUUAAGGGAUCGGCCCUGUGUAUAGUGACCUGCUGAAUAGUUAAGGGGUCGGCCCUGUGUGUAGUGACCUGCUGAUGGGUUAAGGGGUCGGCCCUGUGUAUAGUGACCUACUGAAUAGUUAAGGGGUCGGCCCUGUGUGUAGUGACCUGCUGGACAGUUAAGGGGUCGGCCCUGUGUGUAGUGACCUGCUGGAUGGUUAAGGGCCUUUUGUAUAGUGACCUGCUGGAUGGUUAAGGGCCUUUUGUAUAGUGACCUAAUGAAUAGUUAAGGGGUCGGUCCUGUGUAUAGUGACCUGCUGGAUGGUUAAGGGGUCGGCCCUGUGUAUAGUGACCUGCUGGAUGGUUAAGGGGUCGGCCCUGUGUAUUGUGACCUAUUGAUGGGUUAAGGAGCUGGCACUGUGUAUAGUGAACUGCUGGAUGGUUAAGGGCUCUUUGUAUAGUGACCUACUGAAUAGUUAAUGGGUCGGUCCUGUGUAAAGAGAAGUAACAUUAGUAAUGAAUGUUAAAUUAUAAGUUUGUAAAAUACUUUGAUGGUGUGUCUUUGUGUUUAAAAUUCAGAGCCUCCUGCAGCCCAUUCUGACAUUGUGUCCAUGCUUGACCGUGGAGCAGAUACGUGUUCUGGGGCGCUGCAACUCUCUACAAGGGGUGGAGCGGGAGUGAAUGUUCUCUCUGGUAAGUAAAAGUUGAAAUGUUGCUUUGGCUGUAAAUUGUGUAGUCCAUUGACUUGUCAGUAAUCACAGCGCUAUUUCAUUGAUCUUGUCACACCUUACUCACUCCAGCCUCUUGCAAUUGACAAAUCAAUUCUCUAUGAUUUCCAUUUAGUAUGCAUUGAGGACUCACAUGCCAUUAUCCUCUCCAGUGCCAGCUUUUAAAAAUCAGUCUAGAUUUAAAAUCUUCGGGCGCUUUUGAAGCUAUGAUUCGUACCAUCUUCUUCUCUCCUACACAGAUGGAAACUCCAUGAAUAACAGCCAGAAUGGGCUUUCAUCCCCACAUUUCAUACCCCAGGAGAUGCAGCUGCCAGAUAAUGAUCUUUCUUCAUGCUAUCCCAGAGACUCCAGCUGGGGGAUGUGUAGCGCUAGUACCCUGCAGAUUACUCUGUCCAGGACCUCCCCAGAUAAGGGCAUCCAAUCUGACCGGAGUCCCAGUGACAUCUCCAGCAUCAUUGCCCAUCUCCGAAGCCUUGCUGGUGAGACAGCAGACACUUCUACCAGGCCUGAUGAAGAUAGCAUGAAUAAGACUGACUCCUAUGCUGACAGAGUUAUAGAGGCCCCAGUUAAAACUCAUAAUGAAAGUUUUGCCAACGGUAACUCAGACUCUACAAACAGUCCUUCUAAUUGCCUUGAGAAGCACCUUGACUUUCAAGAAAUCUUGGGAAAUGAGACUAUUGGCGGAGAAUAUCCAUUUAUCAACGUGGAGUCUAUCAUCAAAGGGAAGCCUUCCACAAAGAUCUACAUCUGUUCGUACUGUGGAAAGAACUGCCCAUGUCGAUCUGCUUUUAUCAGGCACCAGAGAAUCCACACAGGAGAGAAACCUUAUCACUGUACUGAGUGUGGCAAAAGCUUCAUCCAGAGCUCAGAUUAUAACAAUCAUAUGCGAUCACACACUGGUGAGAAACCAUACUCCUGUGCCGAGUGUGGCAAAAGCUUCAGCCGCAGCACAUACCUUGUCACUCACUCUAGAACUCACACCAAAGAGAAACCCUAUCUAUGUACUGUUUGCGGAAAAAGCUUCAUCCAACACUCACACUUGUCAUUACACCUUCGGAUCCACAGUGGGGAAAAGCCCUACAUCUGCAUAGAAUGUGGCAACUGCUUCAGUCGAAGCUCAACUCUUGUAAAACAUAAAAAAUCCCACAGGAGAAAAACACUUCACAUGUACAAGAAAAAGAAUGAGGAACAUGACCAUGGCCUGUUUGCAUACAACAGUACACAAUCUUGGGAGGCCCUCAUAGAUGGAAAAGAAGAAAGCUUGUCGAAUUCACAACAAACAGAGGUGAAAUUGGAAAAUGAGGAAACACCAGAUCAUUUGCAGCAAACAGAGAGCUGUAAAAAAAGUUACAAAGAUGAAAAGAAAAUCUCAUGCAAAAUCAUGCGGACCAGUCUAGGCAAAUUUCUUGUUUAUGACAAGGGCUCACGAGAAAAUAUAAGACCCAUUUCCCACCAUAGGAAGUUUCAGCGGAAGAAGAACUCCCUAGAUGGUGAAACCAAUAAGAGUUCGUGCAACAGGGAUACUCAAACGUCCAACCACUUGACAGAGACAAGAGUAGUGAAAGUGGAAGAUAGUCCCAAAAAUCAUUAUGAAAACUCCUGUACUUUGUCAGGAACCACAGACAACACAAAGAUUCAAAACAUUAACUCCGAAUAUGAGUUUAGGAGAGACAAAUCAUGUACAGAACCUACAAAAAGCGCAGCUGCCACACUCCCCACAAGAGAGGAGGCAGAUCCACCACAUUUAGACUUACAAAAUUGUUACAAGAUGAAUGACACAACUUACGAAAGUGUGUGUCCCAUUUCUCCGGAAACCAGCAGCUUCCUUGGUGGCAAAAUUCAAAAGUCUGCCUAUGUCUGCAGUUACUGUGGCAAAGGCUGUCCAUGCAAAUCUGCUUUUCUGCGGCACCAGAGAAUUCACACGGGAGAGAAGCCUUAUUCCUGCUCUGAAUGUGGGAAACGUUUCAUUCAGAGCUCCGAUUAUAACAAUCACCUGCGUUCGCACACUGGAGAGAAACCAUACACUUGCGUGGAAUGUGGGAAAGGUUUCAGUCGAAGCACCUACUUAAUGACUCAUUCUAGGAUUCACACCAAGGAAAAACCCUACACAUGUGUGCACUGUGGAAAAAGCUUUGUCCAGCACUCACACCUCACCAUACACUCUCGAAUCCACAGUGGAGAAAAGCCUUACACCUGUUCUGAGUGUGGGAAACCUUUCAGCCGUAGUUCAACCCUCACGAAGCACCAGAAAUCCCACAACAAGAAGAAUGUUAAUUCAAUGGUUGCUUCCAAUUCUGCUGCGUCACCACUGAACUUGCCAAAGCUUCCUUCUGUUACAGAGAAAACAGUCAACGAGCCCACUACAAAGAUUUAG